AUCCUUAGAGGCCUCCUGCUGCUUCACGACCUUCAAGUUUACAAAUCAGUUUGUCCAGUACUUUGUUUCCAUUUUCUGGAAUUGUUAUUGGGGCUGUCUUUAUUUGCAAUAUUACCGAGAUAUGAAGCCAAGGUAUCGCAUUUGGCCGAGAACGGGGGUUACGAUUGCUCGCUCCCCAUUCCCACCAAACUAUCAGUUCAGGGUACAUUCGUGCUCGUUCAAAUACAAUACACUUAGCCUUUUGCACAUUAGAAGUAAGCACCAGCGAUCAUAGCAUGGAAAGUUCUUCUCCAUUGCCCACUUUGCUCUCACGAUGUCAGCACUUCUACUGCUUGCUGAUGUUUAAAAAUGAUUCUAUUGAUAUUCGGAAUAAUCCUUUGGAGUACAUUUCAUAUAUAUUCUCAAUAUAAUUGUCAAGUAUAAGGUGUUUUCUCAUCCUUCGAGACUAUCUUGAAUGUCCGUUUCACUAGCCUCGGCAUUACUAACCAUGUUCUGCAGGAAUUUUUAUUAGGGCUGGUUUCUUUUUUUAGAAACCACUGAAUCUUGGAGGGUUUUUUGUUAUGAUUUAUUUCAACCUGCAUAAUGUUUGAAAACUCCCUUAAUU